AGCAACUGGUCUCAGUGCGGAGUUACUUUGAAUGCUUUACUAACUGCUAAAGGAAAAUGGAUUAUCGUCGGAUAAAGCGAAUUUUAUUUGUCAAUGUAUUUAUAAAUUGUAUAUUUAUUUCUCUUCAAAAUAAAGAAGAGGUGCUGCUGGACAUGGUGGAGUCCGGAGGCGAGUUAGGCUGGCUGACAUGGCCUGACGAGGAUGGGUGGGAGAUAGGACAGCAGGCUGUGAACGGCUCCUUGCUCUAUAACUACUUCAUCUGCAACGUGGAGGCACGGGAGCAGGACAACUGGCUACGCACUACCUUCAUACAGCGCCCACCGACCGCCACGCGGGUCUUUGUGGAGAUGCGUUUUGUCGUGCGGGACUGCAACUCAUUUGGUGCGGACUCGCUAACCUGUAAGGAGACAUUUAACUUGCACGCCUCGGAGGCGGAUGCUGACAUCGGCACCAGCUUCCGCAAAGGCCAGUUCCGUAAGGUGGCCACCAUCGCGCCGGAUGAGGUCUCCAGCAUUGGCGACAUGAGGAUCAACGUGGAGACCCGGGUGGUGGAGAAUCUCGCCCGCAAGGGCUUCUACCUUGCCUUCCAGGACAUUGGGGCCUGCGUGGCUGUCUACUCGGUCAAGGUGUACUACAAAAUGUGCCCGGCCACGGUGAAGAGUUUGGCGGGGUUCCCUGAGACUGUGGCUGGGGGGGAAAACCAGGCCCUGCGGGAGGUGGCUGGCGCCUGUGUGGAAAACGCUGAGAGUGAGGAGCAACCACGUAUUUACUGCACCAUGGAUGGAGAAUGGGUAGUGCCAGUGGGUCAGUGCCAGUGCCGCCGUGGAUAUGAGGCUGUGGGCAGUGCAUGCCAAGAGUGCAAGCCAGGCUUCUUCAAAGCCAUUGUGUCCAGUGAGGCCUGUGAGCCAUGCCCAAAGAAUACACAACCCUCUGGCCCUGGUGCCCUGAGCUGUCCUUGCCAAGAGGGCUUCUUCCGAGCCUUGGAGGACCCACUGACAGCGGCCUGCUCUGGUUUGCCCUCACCUCCACGAAACCUGAUGGCAACCACAGCCCAGAUCGCCGUGGGCAAGCUGCAGCUGUCCUGGAGCCCCCCGUUAGACACGGGGGGCCGCACGGACAUCACUUACAGCGUGGUGUGUGAGCGCUGCGAUGGGAGCGCGUGUCAGCCCUGCGGGGAGAAGGUGCGCUACGAGCCCAGCAGCACCGACCUGAAGGGGGCCUCUGUCGCCGUCAGUGAGCUGGAGCCGCAUCUGAACUACACCUUCACCGUGGAGGCCCGGAGCGGUGUUUCCUGCCUCAGUUCCCACAGAGCCACCAGUACCAUCAAUACAGCCUUGCACUACACAGACCCUCCGAAGGUGACCGGAAUGCACCUGGUGGACAAUAGCCCCACGAGCCUGUCGCUGUCCUGGUCUGUGUCACGCCGCGCCAAGCCCAUCGCCACACGCUAUGAGCUCAUGUAUCGCAAGAAGGAAAAAGAUGAGGAGAGGCGCAGCGAGAAGGUUACCACAUACACCGUGCUGGUGCUGGAGAAGAACUCUGUGCACAUCAGUGAUCUGACUCCCUCUACGGUUUAUCUGUUUAAAGUCCAGGCUCUGGGGCCUGAAGGCCACCCAGGCAGCCACAGUGUGGAGCAGGAGUUUUCAACGCUACCAGAAGUUCCUUCGAGUCCAGGGAAUACGGCCGUGAUUCUCGGAGCUGUUCUGGGAGGAGCUGCUAUGCUCUUCAUCGUGGCGGUGGUCCUGCUCCUUCGCAAACGCAGAAGAAACACUCACACACGGCAAGGUCCAGAGGAUGCCUACUUCUCCAGCCCAGAGCAACUGAAGCCUCUGAAGACUUAUGUUGAUCCUCAUACAUACGAAGACCCCAACAUGGCCGUGCUCAAAUUUGCUAGCGAAAUCCAUCCAAGUCACAUCACCAAGCAGAAAGUGAUAGGAGCAGGUGAGUUUGGAGAGGUUUUCCGUGGCAUUCUGAAGAUCCCUGGCCGGAAGGAGGCAGCGGUGGCUAUUAAGACGCUGAAACCGGGCUACACGGAAAAGCAGAGGCAGGACUUCCUCAGUGAAGCCAGCAUCAUGGGCCAGUUCUCCCACCCUAACAUUAUUCAUUUGGAGGGUGUGGUGACCAAAUUUAAGCAUGCCAUGAUUAUUACUGAGUACAUGGAGAAUGGAGCACUGGACAGAUAUCUGAAAGACCAUGAUGGGGAAAUGUCCUCAUUCCAAUUAGUGGGCAUGCUCCGUGGCAUUGCAGCUGGCAUGAAGUAUCUCUCCGAUAUGAGCUACGUUCACCGGGACCUGGCUGCCCGCAACAUCCUGGUCAACUCCAAUCUGGAGUGCAAAGUGUCUGACUUUGGCCUGUCCCGAGUUCUGGAGGAUGAACCUGAAGGCACUUACACCACUAGUGGAGGCAAGAUUCCCAUCCGCUGGACGGCUCCAGAAGCCAUCGCGUAUCGGAAGUUCACCUCAGCCAGCGACGUGUGGAGCUUUGGUAUAGUCAUGUGGGAGGUGAUGGCCUUUGGAGAGAGGCCCUACUGGGAUAUGAGCAACCAUGAGGUAAUGAAGGCCAUCAACGAAGCGUUCCGGCUGCCUGCCCCCAUGGACUGUCCGUCUGCCGUCUACCAGCUCAUGCUGCAGUGCUGGCAGCAGGACCGUUCCAAACGGCCCCGCUUCCAGGACAUUGUCAGCCUGCUGGACAAACUCCUCAAAAGUCCCGACUCCCUCAAGACCAUUGCAGACUUUGAUCCUCGAGUUUCCAUCCGGCUCCCCAGUACCAGUGGCUCGGACGGCUCUCCCUUCAGGACCGUGACCGAGUGGCUGGAGUCCAUCAAAAUGAGUCAGUACAGCGACAACUUCAGCAUGGCAGGAAUCGUCAGCAUGGAGCAGGUGCUACAGAUGAAGAGCGAGGAUAUCCGUAACAUCGGUGUCCGCCUACCAGGGCACCUAAAGAGAAUUGCCUACAGCAUCUUGGGACUUAAGGACCAGACAAGUACUCUGAGCGUAUUUGCUGUGUGAAGCAUUCCCAGAAUCUCUGGAGCUCGCUAAGGGACCAGAAACUCUCUCUGGCUGCUAACAACAGGACUCUAAGAUGCCUUGCACUUGGGUCGCAGGGACGGCCCUUGUGCUGGGCGCCACCCUCCGGCUGAUCAAGAUGGACACUCGCAACAAGUGAGACUUGUAGCAGAUUUGAUAUACACAUCAAAAAUGGAAGGGAGAGAUGAGUAAAGGGAAAGCCUAAACAAAAUGCUAAUGAUGUACCAAAUAUUGUAUAUUAGAAAUAUAUUUUUACAUAAUUUGUUUUAGAAAAAAAGGACAGUUACAUUUCUUAGGGUUUUUUUUGUUUGCUUAGUUUCAUGCGCGUGCCUUCUUGGCCAGACAGUUAUCAAACUUCAUUAGCAGCGAUUCUGCUCUGAUAUACGGCAUUGCCAUGUCUGAAUGGCCCUUUACUUGACUGAUUUUCCCUUUGACUUGUCUUGUGCUUUGACACCACUUCUUUGCUUUCCAUUUUGGGGAAAAGAGCACAUGGCCCAUCUGCACAAACCACUUCACCUGCUGACUGAUCUGAUCCUUACUGGGUGUGGAGUCAUGGCAGGGGGUGGAUUUGAUGGCUGUGGUACACGGGCUCUAUGAAUGUGUCCUGAACAACAGGGCAUAAAGGUGGCAAUGGCCUGGGGCCCUGUGGUGGCUUGGGGUGGCCAAGCCUAUGCCUGUUAUGAACAAAUCUUAACAUUACCUUUAAGCUCUUAAUGCUGCGAGCUUUGAAGUCCUUUUUAAAAAAAACAAACAAACAAACAAACAACAACAAAAAAAAACUUCUUCAGUCUGAAAAAGAUGACAUUAUGCUUACUUGAAACUCACUCUUGAAAUUUUUUUUACAGCAAAAUUGAGGACCGGGGACACCACAGCAAAAAUAGCACUUAAAUAAGAAAUCUCAGAGGUUGAAUCAACUUGCGCUAAAUGCCGGGGCCUUUCUCUAUCCAAAGUUUCGUCCUUUGUCAUUAUGGAGCAUUAUGGUGAUGUGAUGUUCACUUCCUUGCCAGAAUGACAAAAUGAAAAUUGGUAAAGGACCAAAAAUCUUUGUUAUAAUUUGAUGUGCAUAACUGGUGUCAUGUCAGGUUGAAUCAAAUGAAAAAAAAAAAUAUGACUAACAUGUGUAAUGCCAACAAAUUACAUCAUAAUGUGUGGGCCAAAUGACAAUCCUAAUAAACAAUAGGAAACUACUACAAGUAUAAUUACAAGCAGUUGUAUUUGCCAAGAUAUCUAGAUGAAAGACCACGUAUAACUGAUUUUAUACUAUCACUUUCCUGUUUAUUUGCAUGAUGAUGAUGGUAGAAUUUCUCUAGAUUGCUUUAAUAGGCUUAAAUUUGUGCUUCACGAAGCAAGAUGUUAUGGAAUGAAAGGCUGUACUAUGCAUUGACCUCUCCUUCCAUAUUCUCAAAAGACUUUGAAAAAGUAAUUUCUAAUUGAAGAAAAUACCACUUCUGCUUUACUCUUUUCAAUCACAUGAUUGUAAUAGAGAAUAUAUGGUCUUACAGUGCCUUCAUAAGGAUUUCUCUAAAUUCUUAAUAUUUCAAGAUGAUGAAUGCAAACUACUUGGCUGACUGGUAAUAUUUAGUUUUAGCUGAUCUAAUGUUCUAGCUGUAUGAACCUGAAGCACAGUAUCUAGAUUGGUAAUAGUAUAUUAAUGCGUGGUUGUGGUGUGGGGGGAUACCCACCCUGACAGAAAAGAAAUGAUCACAGUUUUUGAUAUCCUUAUCCUUUUUUCAUUCUCCAUGUUUGAUAUUUCUUUUCCAUAUGAUUUGAAAAAAGAACAAUAUGCAGUUAAAUACAAACUAGCAUUCCACAUAUUCUGUUAGAUUCUCAGUUAGAUUUUCCCAAUGGUUUUGUACCUUAUUUAACAGUCUUAUUUAUUUUUGUUUUAUUUAUUUGUUAAAUAUUGA